GAGCCGGGCAACGACAGGACGUGCGCCGCCUGCCUGCACUACGACCACGGGGGCCGCUGCGUGCCCGACUGCCCGCCCGACACCUACAAGUUCGAGGGCUGGCGCUGCAUCACCAAGAAGGAUUGCGCCCACAUGCACCAGGCCAGCGACCUCGAGUCCGAGCGCUUCGUCAUCCACGCUGGAGAGUGCAUGCCCGAGUGCCCGCCCGGCUUCACCCACAACGAGAGCCAGAGCAUGUUCUGCAAUGCGUGUGACGGCCUCUGUGAUAAGGUGUGUGAUUCAAAGGUCAUCGACUCGGUGGAUGCUGCCCAGGCACUUCAGGGCUGCACUGUCAUCAAAGGAAACCUGCAGAUCAACAUCCGGAGAGGGAAGAACAUUGUGUCUGAGCUGGAGAGCUUCAUGGGUCUGAUUCAGACGGUGACGGGUUACGUGAGGAUCCGACACUCUCACACACUGAGCUCCUUCUCCUUCCUCAAGAGCCUCCGCUACAUCAACGGCGAGGAACUGCUGGAUGGUAUGUAUGCUUUCUCGGCUGUGGACAACCAGAAUCUCCAGGCCUUGUGGGACUGGAACCAGCACAAUCUGACCAUCAAAGCCGGGAAGCUGUUCUUCCGCCACAACCCCAAGCUGUGCGAGCGUGACAUCGUCGCCAUGUGGGACAAGACUGGCGUCAAAGGCAAGAUCGAGGUGGCCGAUGUCCGGAACAACGGCGAACGGGCAAGCUGCCAUACGCACAUGCUGAAGUUUAAAUCCAACAGCACUGCGAGUAACAAAAUCAAGUUAACAUGGGAGCGGUACCGACCACAGGACUACAGAGACCUCAUCAGCUUCAUCGUCUAUUACAAAGAAGCACCCUUCCAAAACAUUACGGAGUUUGACGGACAGGACGGCUGUGGCUCCAACAGCUGGAACAUGGUGGACGUGGACCUCCCGCAGGACAAGGGGACUGACCCAGGCGUGCUGCUGGCGCCACUCAAGCCGUGGACGCAGUACGCCAUCUUCGUCAAGGCCGUCACUCUGAUGAUGGAGGACCACCAGUCAUUGGGGGCCAAGAGCGAGGUGGUCUACAUCAGGACCAGUCCCUCAGAGCCCUCAAUGCCGCGUGAUGCCCGGGCGUAUGCCAACUCGUCCACCUCCCUGGUGGUGAAGUGGUCUCCACCCAUGCGGCCCAACGGGAAUAUCACCUUCUACCUGGUGCGCUGGCAGCAGCAGCCCGAGGACCGGGAGCUCUACGAGCACAACUAUUGCUCCAAGCUGAAGUUGCCUAUCCGCAUCUCGGCCACUGUCCCCGACAUGGAAGACCCCACCAAUCCCACCAAGUCUGACGCCAAUGGUGCCGAUUGUUGCCCCUGCACUAAGAACGAUCUCGACCUUAAGGCCAAGAUCGAGGACAGCGACUACCGCAAGGUCUUUGAGAACUUCCUCCACAAUGCCAUCUUCGUGCCGAGGCCCCAGGAGCGUCGGAGGCGGGAUCUUUUUGGUGUGGCCAACGGGACACUGGCACGCGGUGCGGGCCGUAACAGCUCGGUCACUGAGGGUGACACCACGGACCGCAAGCCACAGGACAGGGAGUUUCCCUUCCAGGAGACCACGGUGGAUUCAGAAACGAUAGAGAUCUCCAGCCUGCGGCCCUUCACCGUCUACCGCAUCGACAUCCACGCCUGCAACCAGGAAGUCCGCCGCUGCAGUGCCGCCACCUUUGUCUUCUCGCGAACACGGCCCGCAGAGGGCGUGGACGACAUCCCUGGGCCGAUGCUGCAGGAGCGGGAGGAGGGGGCUGAGGGCACCAUAGUGCUCCGCUGGCCUCAGCCACAACACCCCAAUGGCCUCAUCCUCAUGUACGAGAUCAAGUACAACCUCGCAACAGAGUCUGAGAAGCAUGAGUGUGUGUCCCGGGAGCAGUAUCUGCUGCUUAAAGGAGCACGUCUGACUAACCUGAGCCCUGGGAACUACUCGGCCCGCGUCCAGCCCACCUCCCUGGCAGGCAAUGGCUCCUGGACCAAACCCAUCUUCUUCUACAUCCCCCAACCCAAUGUGGACUAUGACCAUGCUCUCUACCUGAUCAUCAUCGUCCCCAUCGUCAUCGUGGUCUUAAUCGUCAGCGGUGCCGUCGCCCUCGUCUUCCUCAACAGGAAGAGGAAUGCUGACAGACUGGGCAACGGAGUCCUGUACGCGUCUGUUAAUCCAGAGUAUUUCAGUGCAGCCGACAUGUAUGUUCCUGACGAGUGGGAGGUCCCUCGCGAGAAGAUGACCAUGUGUCGAGAGCUGGGCCAGGGGAGCUUCGGCAUGGUGUACGAGGGCAUCGCCAAGGGCGUGGUCAAGGAUGAGCCAGAGACACGUGUGGCCAUCAAGACGGUCAACGAGUCGGCCAGCAUGCGAGAGCGCAUCGAGUUCCUCAAUGAGGCAUCCGUAAUGAAGGAGUUCAACUGCCACCAUGUGGUGCGAUUGUUGGGCGUGGUUUCCCAAGGACAGCCAACCCUGGUGAUUAUGGAGCUGAUGACACGUGGAGACCUAAAGAGCCACCUGCGAUCACUCCGCCCAAAAGAUCAGCAGGGCUCGUGCAGUCAGGCGCUGCCGCCGCUGAAGAAGAUGAUCCAGAUGGCGGGUGAGAUAGCCGACGGCAUGGCCUACCUCAACGCCAACAAGUUUGUGCACAGAGACCUGGCAGCCAGGAACUGCAUGGUGGCUGAAGAUUUCACUGUCAAGAUCGGAGACUUUGGCAUGACCAGGGACAUCUAUGAGACGGAUUACUACAGGAAGGGAGGCAAGGGGCUGCUCCCUGUCCGCUGGAUGUCCCCUGAGUCGCUCAAGGACGGAGUCUUCACCACCAACUCAGAUGUCUGGUCGUUUGGGGUGGUGCUGUGGGAGAUUGCCACCCUGGCGGAGCAGCCCUACCAGGGCAUGACCAACGAGCAGGUGCUUCGCUUCGUCAUGGAGGGAGGCCUGCUGGACAAGCCUGACAACUGCCCUGACAUGCUCUUUGAGCUGAUGCGGAUGUGCUGGCAGUACAACCCUAAGAUGCGGCCUUCCUUCCUGGAGAUCAUCAACAGCAUCAAGGAGGAGCUGGAGCCGCCGUUCUGCGAGCUCAGUUUCUUCUACAGCGAGGAGAACAAGCCCCCGGACACAGAGGGGCUGGACUUCGAGGUGGAGAACAUGGAGAACGUCCCCCUGGACCCCGUCUCGAGCCGGCAGCCCCCGACGCCCGUGGCUGUCUCCGCCGGGACCCCUGCGAGGUCCUCCCCUCAGCCGCUCCCCUCGGCCCAGUGCACGGGGACACCCUUGGGGCCUUCCUCCCCGACAUCCCCGACGGCUGCGGUCGCAGUGCCCUCCUGCUCGUCCCCCACCUCCAUCACGUCCUCGCCGGCCCCUUCGUUGGCAGCAGCGGCAGCCCUGGGCUUGGACAAGCACUCGGGACAGGUGUCGGCCAACGGACCAGUACUGGUGCUGGGGCCAGCAUUUGAUGAGACCCAGCCGUACGCGCACAUGAACGGGGGGCGCAAAAACGAACGGACUCUACCCCUGCCCCAGUCCUCUGCCUGCUGAUCCCCCGACGGAAAAAAACCCACUCCUCUCACACAGGGUACCCCCAACAUAUCCCCUCAUCCCCACGCCAAUGUGGUUCUUCUUUAGACUUUGUUAAUGUAUUUUAUUCUAUUUUAUUCAUGGGACUAAAACUCUUGGCUCAUGGGAUGAUUCUAAAUCGAUAGACUCUUGUGUGCCGCUGUGUUGACAGUGAAUCUCUCUCCAUCUUUUGUCUCGUGUCUCUCAAUCACGUAAUCAUCGCAGAGGAAGUUGCGAUGUCAAAAGUUUUUUUCUGUUCAAGCAUAUCUGCCAGCAAGUCCAACCCCAACAGCACUUUUUUUAGAAGUGUGCGUUCUUCACACUUUUUCCUCUCUAUAGUAAAGAGUGUAUGGCCUCCCCAGAACACUUACUUCGGUUACUUAUCUCAUCAAAGGCCACUGACACAUCUUUUGCUCUGGUCCCAUUGAAAGGUUCCUCUGUCUCUCAUUGGGGGAGGCAAAGUGAUGUCCAUCUGAUGGACUCACCAAGGACACUACGACCCCCACAGUCAUGCUUCUUAGAUCUGUUUCACGGCGUGGGAUUGGUGAGGUGGACAGAGGGGCGGGGGGCUUCUGUUUUAAAACUGCCAAAAUCAAUUUUGCCAAAUCUCGAAAGGAACUUUCGUAUGCUGUUCAUCUUUUUUAUUAUUAUUUCAUCCUUUAUGUCGUCUCUUAAGUUGGAUAUCUUAGACAUGGGUAUGGAGGGAACUGCAACUGAACUUUUACACUGGCUUUUUAUUUUGAUGGGGGAUCUCACAAGUAGAUGUAUCUUGUGAAUAUUGUCUUUUCUUUCCUUUAGUUGUUUAUUUCUUUAUAAUGUCCCUCCCAGCCUGCCGUACAUCGGAUCGGAGCCACGGCAUUGCGAUCUCUACUGCACGACCCAUCUCUGAGAUGAGCUGCACUGAAAGCAGAAUGCACCCGUUCGUUUCAAGAUGACAAAAAAAAGAUAUGACCUGGCGCCAAAAACAAAAAUUCUGAAACAAAGCAAGUGAAAAAACACAGUACACACAAAUGUGAGCCAAAAAAGAUGAAUCAGAAGGGAUUGGCUCAGUCAGAAGAGUCCACUGAGGCAGUCGAGAGAGAUUGGCGAGUCGUGACUUCUCUGAUUAUGUGUGUGUGUGUAUAUAUAUAUAACUACACGCAUGUGAGGCUUUCUGUACAGAAGGUAUUUUAAACUAGGCAAUGAUCUCUCUAUACAAUUCAAAUGUUUAUAUUGUUAGGGUCUUACAGUUGUAUGUUUGACCUUAGAAAAAUCACACACAAACACUCAGAUACACACACAUGCACACAUAAUUCGUUUGUGUCACUUUUAUAACUUUUUUACAGUUCAGAUGUUCACCUCUAUGUCUGUACAGAAAGAAGCUGCUAUUUUAUUCUUUUUUUCUUUUGUGGAUGUUAUAUAUCGGUAUGUUUGUGUGUCUAUAUAUAUACGUAGACACACACACAUAUAAUGAAAUCCUUCAGGUUUAAUAUUCUAUGAUCUCCACUACAGUCCAUUUUUCUUGUGCUUUAUAUUGUUCUAGCAAAAAAAGAAAGAAAAAAAGAAAAAAAAAAGCAAAAUGAAACAAAGAAAAAAAGCUUUUGUUUCUUCUUCUCGGAUCCCUAGAGACGCUGUCUGUUUGCCACAUAUUGUCCAUUGCCUUUUUUAAUGAAAUGAACAGUUUUUCUCAUUCAAUUAUUAUUAUUAUUAUUAUUAUUAUUAUUAUUAUUAUUAUUAUUAUUUAGUUCUUACAGACACCUUAGCUCUGUGCGUGAGGGUAUACUCUCGGCACCAGCGUGCUAGUGGUCAGGCACUGGGUCUGUGACGGCCUCCACGCUGCUGUUUAAUCUCAGGUCCAAGUUAAGGUCUUGCUCUUUUCCCCCCUCAUUUCUCUGAUUGCCCGUAGACAGUUCUUCCCAUGUGGUUCCCUCUUUCUGUCUCUCUCUCUCCGUGUAGCUCUGUGACCCCCACCCCCCCUCUGCCUGUGGUCUGAGGUCAAGUGUAAAGUGUAGGCUACCUGCCGCUGUUCACAGUGCCUCGUUCCAAGAUGCGUUUUCAUGAAUGGAGUGGUUUCCUGUCAGUAACAUUUUCGACCCAUUCGUUUUCAUGUCCAACCAACCGAGAGGGCUAAGUUGCGAUUGUCUUUUUUUUUUUAAGUGUUAUUAUUAUUUUUAUUUUAUGUCAUUGCCUUACUUCUCCCAACCAAUUAUUAUACAACAUCUGUUUCAACAGAGCUGGUUUCUUCUUCUCGAUUGCUACUUGACGGUUUCCUCUCCGUUCAGUGACACUAUAUCUCCCCCUACCUUUUCUACCUUCUUCAUCCAACAGUAUACCGGCAGAGACCGCACCGUGUCGGCCGCUCAGUCUGUUAAGUGCAAACCAAAUUAAGAUGCGCUGGACCCCAGAGAGCUCCUUUGGGCCAGUCCAGUGUUGUAAGGAUGGAAACAGCCUCAGGGCUGGGGCUUUCAUUCAUUUCAUGUUUUGUGAAGGAUUUACUCCCUUUGAUGUCACCUGAUUAGUACAUUUCCCUCUCUCCACUAACUAGACGUUCAACUUUUUUUUCCUUUUUUUUUUUGCUUUAGGAUUAUUUAUUUAUUUUUGUGACAUUAAGUUUAAAUCACUGUAUAAAUGCCCCAUGAUUCAGUUAAAAGUUAGAUUUCUGUUUGUAUCUUUUUUUUGGAGUUAUGGCUGGGCAUCAUUUUUGUUUGUAUGUAUUUGUGUUCGGUGUUAUGACAGGGGGACUUUUUUCUUUUUUUUCCCUUAACACAUUUAUCUACCUCACUCUUUUUUCUUUAAAUGUAUGUGUAUGAAAAAAUGAUGACAUCUCACUUUUUUUCUCACUUAUCAACAGAGGAUUUACUGACUAGUUCUCUGAAUCCGGGUAAACCUCAAUGACGUCAUGAACCACACACACACUUUUUGGUGACCUGGAGUGGAGGAGGUAUCUUUAAAAAAGGUGGUUGAAAGAAUCCCAUUCUAAAUAUGCCAGUCACAAAUUCUCGUUCAGUCAGAUCUGUGGACCUAACAGUGGAUAUAAAAUAUGUAAUAGCUUAUAAGGCAUUGAAAAGACUCUGUAAUGUAAGGCAUGGAGAGAAAGAGAUCUCUCUGUUUCUCUUUAAGUAGAGAGGAACAUUAAUUCUUCCAAACUGGCGCUCUCUGUGUAAAGCCAGCCUACGUUUGGGAUUGCUGUUCGAUGGAAGAUGUAAUCAUCUGCCCCACAGGUCCCAUCCACCUCAGACACCCCUUCCUACCCCUUUGCACAUAAAUUAUUUGUAAACCCUUGAAACAUCUAGCUACAGCAAACAGCUACAUAGGCUUGUGCUGAUGAAUUGGUCUCUUCGGAUGAGAAAGUAGUUUUUGUUUAAUUAUAAAUGGGAUUGGUGUUUAGCCAGCUUAUAUAGAAACUGUAAUGAUCCCAGUCGUUUCAGAAGCAUUGCAUUGCAAUAGCAUUAUUGUAUGCUUGGACAGUAUGUCAAAGUGGAAAUUAGGUUUGCCGUUGUCAGAAGACUUCCAAACCAUAAACGGCGUUACCUUUGAAAAGUUUUGUCAUUAACGUAUAGUAGAUAAGCUCCAGAGCCAGACUAUCUCAGCAAAAUACAGAAUCGAACAUCUUAUCCUGUCCCAUACACAGGACAUGUCUUAUGUCACCCUUACUAAUCCGUGGACAAAUGACAUGUACAGUUAGAAAUAACUGCCCAUGAAAUACAUUAGCAAAGUGCCAGUUUUUUUUUUUUUUUUGUAAUGUAAUGCUUUCAGCCAUCAAUAAGCAGCAUGUCAUAUUCCUCCUGGUGUGUCCUCAUUAGCACAAACUUGUCACUGUAAACACUCCAGGGCCUCCACCAGCUAUCCCAGCAUCCUCCUCAGGCGGCGUACCGCGAGUCGCUCACCUCAUUUAGAAAGAAAAAAACACCAAACGUGCAGCCGCACCUUUCCAGAAUGUUGUCGUGCUGGAGGUGGUGCCGUCCUGGUGGUCACACAGGGCAUUGUCUGGACAAGCUUACUCUACAGGAACAGAGCUGGCAGGAAAUUUAACACAUUGUCAGACUGGAAGCAUCUUGGCACUGAAAUCAAUCAGAUGGUGUGCCUUGUUUUUUUUUUUUGUUGUUUUUUUUGCCAUGGGUCCGUUCACAUGGCUAAUCAUUUGAAUCUUUGACAAAGACCUCAGCUGGAGUUGGAGUUUGGCGUGUUGUUGUUUGCUCUGUUUUUCGCACAUCUGAAAUAUUUCUGUUACCAAAUAUGAGCCACAGCAAAACACAUGCUGCUUGCUCACACUCACUGGCUAAGGCGACAGUGCUGCCACCUCGUUACUUAUCACACAAGUUUAAUGGCCUCAACUAUUUAUGUUUUAAUGACUUCCUCUCAGAGGGAUAUCACAUUUAAGCACCUAGAUGGACUGACAGUUUCAUUCUCUAAAACUUCUCUAGAGACCUAAAGAUUUUUAUUCUUCAUAUUUAUUUAUGCAUUUGACCAUUCCAAUUUGGAUGACAUCCAUGACUAAUUUUUUGACCUUUCCAGAGGAGUACAGUACACAAAGGGCCUACCAUCCCGACCACGUCGUCUUCAUCAUUCACAAAAAAAAAGAUGGAGAGCUUUGUUACGACGGAGCUUUUCCAUUCUUCUCUUUUUGCUGCUGACUAAAAUGCUGCUCCAGGGAGUCUCGGUCUGCUGACCAGAGUCGUUGGUGAAGUGAAGUUGGUGAAGUGUCCAAGUCCUCCAUGCAAUACUGUGGCCUCACUGGCCCAGGUCCUUCACUAGCUAGCCAAGCGCAAGAGUAAGGGGGGCGGGGGAGGAUUGACAUCAGCGGGCUUCCCCUCAUCAUGGAUUUCAAUGUCUGCUGAUGGGAUGGAAGAGGCAGCCUGACUGGGUCAGUAAGCAGUCAAAAUGACAAAAGAAGAGAGAAUGUCAGCUGUUACUUUCUCUCUUUGGGACUUAGUUGGUUGUGGAGGGUGAUUGGCAAUACAACAUGAGUAACCCUGGUACAUCUUAAUCAAGGCACUUAACAUUUUUCUUAACCUUUAUUUUUUUUCCAAAUAAGGAAUUUCAGAGGGGGUUUAGAGAUCGUUUUCAGAGUCUAGGAUUGAAGGGGAUAAGAGAGAAACAUGGUUGAAUCGAAAUGCAUUAUGUGUGGAAUGGUACCAAGCUCUAAUGAAAAAGACCCAGUUCAAUGUUCUCAUUAAAGGCCUUGCGCUUGUAUUUUUUGCGUAUGUAUAUGGGUGUAUCACAAUUAGAUGUAGUGAAUAAGGAUUUGUCUGAUAAUGAAAAUUAGCUAUCAGUGAUAUUUAUUACUUUUUUCUUUGUUCACUUAUAAAAUGGACAAAAGGGGUUGACCUGUUGAGAAGUGAAUGUCAGUUUUCAUUGAAUGCUGCCUGCCAAGGUUUCGUAGUUUCCAGUGGGUUAUGAACUCACUUACAGUAUAUUCACAGCAGACACAAAUAGGACAGAUGUGUCCAGUAGAUUACGGGUAGUCAUGAUGGAGAGUUAACAUGACUAGAAUUUAAAAUUAAAAACACGUUUACAGUAGACCGUAGUGCUUGUUGCAUUUCCAGAAGGUAGACUGACUGAAACGGUUUCAUUUUCACAAGUUAUCAUAAUUUUAUUUGUUAUUGUAUUUCUACAGAAUGCAAACCUCAGGUCUAGAGAAGAUGCAUCAAUGCAUUAUAAAUUGCAAUAAUGAGCAUGAGGUUUUUAUUAGAGAUAUUUUUUUCCAGGCACUGUUGUUCUUUGCUUGGCAUUCCAACAUUUCAAAUGGGGCCUUGUUCUACUGUACUUAGAUUUUUAAUUGAUAAUGCUUUUAUUUUACUUUCGCAAAAUAAUCUCUAUGUCAGUGAUUUGAUUGAUGAUGAACUGAUUUGAUGAAAUGGCUUGGCUGGUACACUUGUCUUCUUGUAAAUUCUGUAUUUGAGGCCGCCUGGGUGCCCCCCCCUCCCCCACCUCUAGUUGAGAUGGUAUACUUUUUACAUGCCAUUGGCUUAAUGUCUAUCUGAAGAAUUUCAUGUAUUUUUCUUUUUUUCUUAAAUUUUGAAUUAAAAGUGAAUGAGAAACAA